AUGGAGAAGAUUGAAGAACAGUUUGCUAAUCUGAACAUUGUUAAACGUUCUUCAGGAACUGAAGAGCCUACUUAUCUGCUUGACAUAGACACAUCCAAGACUGUACCAGCAGAAAAAGGAACCUUGGUUGCUGUUUUAUGUUCUAAUGGGUUAAUCAGAAUAUAUGAUAAAGAAAGGUUAAACAUAGUACGAGAAUUUGGUGGAAAUCCUGGACAUCUUAAUGGCGUUAAAUUUGCAAAUUCUUGUGACAUUGUAUAUUCAUCGUGUACCGAUAGCACAGUAAAAGGUUGGGAUGCUCGAUUAGCCAGUGAAAAGCCUGUCCAGCUUUUCAAGGGUUAUGCUUCCAAUAUUUUUAUCAGUUUUGAUAUCAGCUGUAAUGAUCAUGUCAUUUGUGCUGGUACAGAAAAAGUUGAUGAUGAUGCAUUGAUGGUAUUUUGGGAUGCAAGAAUUAAUUCUCAAGAUUUGUCUACUACUAAAGACCCACUUGGUGCAUACUCGGAAACACAUAGUGAUGAUAUCACUCAAGUAUGUUUCCAUCCCAGCAAUCCCAACAUGGUAGUCUCUGGUUCUACAGAUGGCCUGGUAAAUGUAUUUGAUAUUAGUGCCGAUAACGAAGAAGAUGCGCUGGUUACGACUUGUAACUCAGUUUCUUCAGUUAGCUAUAUUGGUUGGUCUGGGAAAGAUUAUAAACAGAUAUACUGCAUGACACACGAUGAAGGGUUUUGUUGGUGGGAUCUUAAUCAUCUGGAUACUGAUGAAUCAAUUACACGUUUGAACGUCCAGGAUGUCAGAGAAGUCAUUAAUCUGAAAGGAAGUGUUUUGGACUAUUUGAUUGGUGGCCUAUAUCAUGAAAAGAUGGACAAAUUAUUUAUUGUUGGAGGAACAAACACAGGAAUUAUUCAUUUAAUGAGCUGUACUACAUCAGGAUUGAGCCACGUGACCAGCCUUCAGGGAGGGCAUGCUGCUACAGUCCGUUCGUUCUUUUGGGAUAUGCAGGAUGAUUCUUUGCUGACUGGAGGAGAAGAUGCACAGUUGUUACUUUGGAAACCAGGAGCAAUAGAGAAGAAAUUUACAAAGAAAGACAACAUGAAAAUAGCAUCCUCUGUGUACCAGCGAGUUCGAACUCACAGUAACGACUCUUACAAGAGAAGGAAAAAGCAGUGA